UAUCCCACCUAAAAAGUUUCGUCAUUAGCAGCGUGAAAACCUCACAAAGUCCAUUCAAUAUGCCGACCGAACUAGAAGAGCUGGUCGAGUUCCUGCACCAUGGGAACACGCAAAUCAGACAAGUCGCUGCUGAACACCUCGUGGGGUAUUCACAGGCAGACUUGGCCUUGUUCAAACGAAAUCAGCUUGAGCCGGUUAAGGACUUGAAGCUAUUGAUCAAAGACUAUGCGCCCAUCGCCAAGAAUGCCCUUACGAUGCUCAUCAACAUCUCUGAUGAUGCUGAAGUGCUGAAAGAUAUCUCCCAGGACGAUGCAUUCCUGGAAACGCUUCUGUCACGAAUAACCAAUAAGAAAGAAUCAAACGCCAAUGAGAUCGCUAUGCUGCUUGCCAACAUGGCGAAGCAUGACUCGAUGCAGCGCGUCCUGGAAUUAAAACGUGACGUACCGAAAGAGCUGUCGUCCUCAAAGUGGGCUAUGGACCAACUGCUGGAUUGCUUUGUCAAAGGCGCCGAAGGUGGAUAUAACAAGGAUGCCGACUUCAACUAUUUGUCAUACUUCUUCGCAGACCUGGGCAAGUUCCCAAAAGGUCGUGAAUACUUGACUUCCCCUCAAGAGCACGACUCUAGCAUUAUUCCCUUGACUAAAUUGCAAGUCUUCACGUCGCAUUCAUCACAUAUUCGCCGCCUUGGAGUAGCAUCUGCUAUCAAGAACGCGACAUUCAACACCCAGUCGCACCCUACAUUACUUUCCAAUUUGUCGCCAGAUCCAAGCCUUCCUCCGCCUUCCAUUGGCGCAAAUCUCCUCCCCUAUCUCCUGCUUCCGCUCAUGGGACCUGAAGAAUACGCAGACGAAGAUACCGAGGGUAUGCUUGAUGAGUUACAGCUUCUUGAGCCGGACAAGGAACGGGAGAGCGAUGCGGAAAUCAUCAAGACACAUUUGGAGACGUUGUUGCUGCUGAGCACAACAAAAGAAGGGAGGGAUGUGAUGCGGCAGGUGAAGGUCUACCCGAUUGUCAGGGAAUGCCAUCUUCACACAGAAGAUGAAGGAGUUCGAGAGGCUUGUGACAGAGUUGUUCAAGUUGUCAUGCGCAAAGAAGAGGGCGAAGAAGAUGAAGCGCCCAGUGGGGGUGGGGCAGUAGAAAAUGACUCUGGGAAGAUGGUGGCACUUCGGCAGGAAGACGAGGACGAGGACUUCCAGCUUGUCGAUGUAUAG